AUGAGUUGUUCAUCUGCCACCAAUGAGCCAGAGAGCUGCAGCAGUGAGGAGAGCAGCUGCACCACUUCCUCCAUCACUACCUCCGAACCAUCCCCUAUGUCUGCACGGACCCCCAAUGAUGCCCCCGACGCCACCCACCAUGUUUCUCUGCCACCUCCUCCUCUCCCACCCCCACCUCCAGGGGCCCCCCCACCUCCUCCGCCACUGGCAACGACGUCCAUCAACCACAGCGGGAGGAAAAAGCGACGCGUGCGCAGUUUCUUUUGGAAGCCCAUCCCGGAGGAGAAGGUGCGCGGAAAGCCCAACAUCUGGACGAUGGCGGUGCGUCAGCAGCAGUUCCAGAUUGACGUUCGCUCAGUGGAAGAACUCUUCGGGCAGCAGGAAGAGAUGUCAACUGGUUUACGUGGGGCAACAACUGGAACCUCAGCUCGAGUAUCAAGAUCACGCUCUUUUAAGGACAGCAGCAAGAGCGAGGUCAGCAUCCUUGACUCAAAGAGGGGGAUGAAUGUGGGCAUUUUCCUCAAGCAGUUUAAGAAGUCCAACCGUGCCAUUGUUGAAGACAUACGACGAGGGGAGGGAAAGAUUUAUGGAGCCGAACUUCUCAAAGACCUGCUAAAGCUCCUGCCUGAUUCGGAGGAGAUCAAGAAGCUACAAGUGUUUAAAGGAGAUCCAGACAAGCUGACACUGGUCGACUCCUUUAUGUACCUCCUAAUCCAGGUUCCACGGUUCGAGGUUCGGAUCGAGGCCAUGGUCCUCCGCGAGGAGUUCCUGCCCUUCUGCGCUGCAAUGGGCCAUGAGAUCGACAUCAUCCGUGCUGCUACUAAAGAGCUGAUGAGCUGUGAGGAGCUGCAUGCCAUCCUUCAUCUGGUGCUGCAGGCAGGAAACAUCAUGAACGCUGGCGGCUACGCAGGAAACGCUGUGGGAUUUAAACUGUCAUCUCUCCUCUCGCUGGCUGACACCAAAGCCAACAAACCUGGAAUGAACCUGCUGCAUUUUGUUGCCAUGGAGGCAAAGAAGAAAGAUGUUUUGCUGCUCAAGUUUCCAGACAAACUUCAGCAUGUGCAAAGUGCAGCCAGAGUUUCAGUGGAAAACAUCGAGCUGGAGUUUUCCUCCUUAUACGUCCGAAUCAGAUCCUUGGAGGAGAAAGUUCAAGGCGACCAGGAGUUGGUGCUGCAGCUGGAGCCCUUUCUGCAGAGCGCAGCACAGACCCUUCAGGACUUAAAGAGACGCAGGCUGGACCUGCGUAAAGAGGGGAACACGCUCAUAGAUUUCUUUUGUGAAGACAAGGACACCUUCAAGUUGGAUGAGUGUUUCCGAAUAUUUCAAGACUUCUGCAUUAAAUUCAACAAAGCUGUUAAGGACAACACAGACCGUGAGCUGAAGGAAGCAGCCAGGCAGCGCCGGUUGAAAGAACUGGAGGAAAAGCGUUUUGCAUGGUCGGCCGAGGACCACAGCAGCAUCUUUGGUCGCAGCAGCAGUGAGAAUGACAUGGAAAUGCUCACCAAGGAAGGCCUUCUGGACUUCUUCCAGAAGAGGUCUCAGAGUCCACACAGCCCACUUGGACGUUCUGCCAGCGCUCGCCGUUACCGUCACACCAUGACUUCCAUAGCAGAUCGUGAACUUCAGGGGUACCUCGAGCUGUUUGGAAGCACAAAAGAUUCCACUGAUUAUUCUAAGUUUUACAGCCUACCUCGGUCUGGUCGCCCUUACCAGCGGAGAACAACCCCGUGGAUUUUAGGCCAGGAUGACAAUCGUGAGCUCGGCUGCGACAGACAAGCGACAUCUCCACACGCAGAAACUGAACCUUUAAACUCAACAGACAGGUUCUCCUCCUUUGGGCUGAACGAUAACGAGGAUGUAUUUGACAACAAUAAUUACUCUACCGUUUCAGAGGGUAGUGUUCUGCCUCAUUCCUUUUGUGUCUUUCAGAAGCCCUCCUAUCUUCCUAACCCAACUCUUCCUGGUCACAUAAAUGUUAGUGUGGAGAAGCAUACUUUAGUCCAAGCUCCUCAAGCUUUUAACCUUCGUAGUCCAAACAACAAUACUGAUCAUGUGCACUUUGGCAAACAUCGUGAUGUGGUGGUAACAGAACUGGAAACUGAGAUGCACUCACCUCAAAAGGAUCAGGAGCAUCUUCACCAUGAACAUGUUUUAGAGAAAAUAGCCGAUCCAGAGGCAGUGCAGGAAGAUAAAGUAGAUGUUCCCUCACAGACUGAGAGGGAGAAGGAAGAAGACUACAGCACCGUUUCAUCAACAUCCUGUGAUACUCCCCUCCCACUAGAUACCUCUGUAUCCAGUAAGAGAUCAGUGUUUUACAUCCCAGACUGCACAGAAACAGACUGUUCUGUUGCCUUGGAUUUCUCUGAGGCUGAAAGCUCACCUCUUACAAAAGAAGGACUUCAUCUAAGAACUGACUGCUGUAAUGACCAGCAAAGCCAGCGAGAUCCAAACUAUUUGUCCUCUAACUUGGAGUCUACUUCACCCAAUGACCAGUCUGUCUCAACCACUGAGCUCCCAGUGUCCAAACAUGUAGAUGCAACAUCCGUGACUCCACCUCUCAACACAGAAGAGUGGGACACAGAGAGCUGUGACACAGCUGAAGGCAAACAGGGUAAAGACGCUCAGAGAAAUGGCAGAAAAGCAACCAAGAGCAACAAAGUGACAAAGAGCACUGGAGGUCGAGGAGUGCGAACGCUGAUCAGCAGCGAGAGCCAAAGCUUGAGGAAAGUUGUGCCCAUCAACAAGCUCACCAGGACUGGCACCAGCAAAAGAGCAGAGAGACCUUCGGAGCAAGACGGUGGAGAAACACGCCGGCAUGUCCGUGAUCAGAGUACUCCCGCGAGAGGAAGAGCCGAGAAGACGACGAGACCUCAUCGGCACUCGAGUGUACCCCCUGAUGAGUCCAAACUCCAGAGGGGUGGUGGCCUCUCGGGCAGCAUUUCUCGAUGGGCGCGCGAUUCCACACCGAGGAAAGCUUCCCUCCACAAACCGAGUGCCAAACCCCUGAGGAACAUCCCGAAGCCUGCGGCCGAGGAGAAAAUGUGCCGCUCCACCAUGAGAGCUCUCGCUCAGGCUCAAGCUCAGAGCCAGGGUGGUGCUUCUUCUGAAAAUAGCAUCUCGCAAGCAAGCAAUUCAAAAACCUCCUCGGAUGUCCCCAGCUUUGCCCGUAACACCGUGGCUUCAUCUUCCAGGAGCAAAAAGGAGCUAGGACCCACUUCUGCCCCCUCCACUCCAUCUCGUAGCCCCUCAGUCCUCGGUAGAAAAACCUCCACAAAGCAGAGUCAGACUGUUCCCACCAGCGAAGAGCCACAGGUGACGAACCUGAGACGGGUCCAAAGCGUGAAGGCGACCAGCCGCAGCACCCAUCGCAGCAUGACUCCACCUCCAACACAGGAGGAUAUUCGUAAGACUAGCAGCUUCUCUGAAAAGUCCGUGCACGGCAGAGACUUGUUGGCGUCCAGCAGAGUCACGAAGCCGAGCUGGAAAUGAAACCAGAUGUGUUG